GGCGGCUGUGCCGGGACCGCUCCUGCGGGGGUGCUGCUUCCUUCUCCCGCUCUCUUUUUCGCCCCUCGCUUUCUCCCUUUUUUGAACGGCGCUCGGUCUGCUCCUUCCUCUCUUCCCCUCUUCUUCUCCUCUCCCUCCCUUUCUCUCUGCUCCGGAGGUUCCUCGAGGAGCGCGCCGAGCCCUGCGUGCGUUCGCGCUCACUUCGCGGCUCCGAUUCCUCCCGCAGGAACGCGGGCGGAGAGGAGAGCAGCCUUGUCUUGGGGCUGCUGGAGGCGAGGCGCCUCGGUUUUCCAACUCUGAAAUUCGCAUCCGGGGUUCUUUGACUCCUCGCCGACGGCAGAUUUUGAGGAGUGAACGGAAGGUACCAGACUCGAUGAGUUUCCAGCGAAAUGUCGGAAAAGUCAGGCCAGAGUACAAAAGCAAAGGAUGGAAAAACAAAGUAUGCAACACUCAGUCUGUUUAAUACUUACAAGGGAAAGUCACUGGAAACUCAGAAAACCACAGUUGCUGCACGCCAUGGAUUGCAGAGUCUUGGAAAAGUUGCUAUUUCCAGGAGGAUGCCUCCCCCAGCUAAUCUGCCCAGCCUCAAAGCAGAGAACAAAGGCAACGACCCCAAUGUGAACAUUGUGCCUAAGGACGGCACAGGAUGGGCUUCAAAACAAGAACAGCACGAAGAAGAGAAACAGCCAGACGUGCCGCAGACACAGCCAAAACCUGCAGUUCCUGCUCCUCCAGAAGCAGCUCCUGUUGCCAAAUCCUGGGCCAACACCAAACCAGGAGGACAGGACGGUCCACCUAUUCCAAUCAAUAGUUAUUUCCAGCAAGAAUUCCCCAGUCUGCCGGCAGCUGGGGAUCAGGAAAAGUCAGGCAAAGAUAAGGAUGCACCUGAAGAUGGAUCAGGAGCCAACCUACGACCACAGAAUCAAGAAGCUAAGGGACAAGAAGAUGGCAGCGCUACACCAGCAGAACAAAAUGAUGGCCAGAAGGCAGGAGACAAGAGGGAUGUGCGGUUGCCCCAGGUCCCUCAGCCCAAGCUGAAUGGCCAGCAGCAGCCACCCAUCUCAUCCCAGUACAGAGCAAUGAUGCCUCCUUAUAUGUUUAAUCAGUAUCCCAGAAUGGCAUAUCCUCCCUCCAUGCAAGGUCCAACAAGAUUUCCUAAUUCUGAGCCUAGCAGAGGCCCAAGGGGAAGAGGCCCACCCUCAUGGUGCUCAGAACCUAUUGAACGCCCAUCCAUUCUUAGUGCUAGUGAACUCAAAGAGCUUGAUAAAUUUGAUAAUCUGGAUGCUGAGGCUGAUGAAGGCUGGGCAGGUGCUCAGAGUGAAGUGGAUUACACUGAGCAGUUGAAUUUCAGUGAUGAUGAUGAGCAAGGAAGCAGUCAGAAAGAGAAGGAAAGUGGUGAUGAACAAACACCAGCAAAAGAUUCCCAGAGUCCUGAUGGCCAGAAGGAAACCGAAGAACAGACAAAUGCCAAGUCUGCCACCCAGGUUUCCACAGCAGCAGCCAAAGGGUCUUACAGCAAAAGCUCUCAGCUUGAUCAGGAUCGAGGUCCACCACAGCCUUCUAUACAUGAAAGAGGUGGCCCUGCUCUUCCUCCAAAGUCUAUUCUACCACCGCACCCUCCUCCCCCUGAUCGGCAGAUGGGAAGGCAGGGACCCUUUCCCCCUAAACCAGUACCAGAUGAAGAUGAAAUUUGGAAGCAGAGGAGAAGGCAGCAGUCAGAGAUAUCGGCUGCAGUGGAGCGAGCCCGUAAGCGGCGAGAAGAGGAAGAGAGGAGAAUGGAAGAGCAGCGAAAAGCAGCUUGUGCUGAAAAGCUCAAACGGUUAAACGAGAAAUUCGGCUGCAUGACAAAACCCUCCCGGGAAGACCCUCUGAAAGAGAGAGAAAGGGAGAGGGAGAGAGAAAGAGAGAGGGAGAGAGAACGGGAGCGGGAGAGGGAAAAGGAGAGGGAGCGGGAGAGGGAGCGAGAAAAAGAGAGGGAGAAGGAAAAGGAGAAAGAGAAGGAAAGGGAGAAGGAAAAGGAAAAAGAAGAAAAAGAAAAACUGGAGAAGGCAAAAGAACAAGAAGUGGAGAAAGAGAAAGAAAAAGAGGUGGAGAAAGAAGAGAAGGAGAAUGAGAAUGAGAAAGAAGAGGAGAAACCAGCACAUGAGGUUCCUGAGCCUGUAGAACCUGUGGCAACACCUGUAGUAGAAAAACAAGAAAGUGAAACCAAGAAUAACAAGGAAGAAAAAGAAGAUCAAGCAGUCUUUACUCGACAAGACAGUGGUCGGAAUGAGAAAGAGGUUUCGCAGGUGACUCAUGAGAAUGAGCCAGACUCAGGAUCCCAGCCUCGUCCUGCUGUUUCCUCGGGCUAUUCUAAGCAGUUCCAGAAGUCAUUACCACCAAGAUUUCAGAGGCAGCAGGAGCAAAUGAAGCAGCAGCAGUGGCAGCAACAGCAGCAAGGUGUCCUUCCACAGUCUGCUCCCUCCCAGCCUUCGAGUGGCCCUGUCCCACCACCCCAGCACAGACCCCUUUACCAGCCCAUGCAGCCCCAUCCCCAGCAUUUGGCUUCCAUGGGCUUUGACCCCCGCUGGCUCAUGAUGCAAUCCUACAUGGACCCACGGAUGAUGUCGGGAAGACCUGCCAUGGACAUGCCUCCUAUUCAUCCAGGAAUUAUGCCUCCCAAACCACUGAUGAGAAGAGAGCAGCUGGAGGGCUCAGCAGCUGGUUCAGAUUCGUUUGAGCACAUGGCUCGCUCUGCAAGGGAGCACAGCGUGCCUCUGUCAGAGCCGCGCAUGAUGUGGGGCUCAGAGCCCUACGCCCACGCAGAAUCUCAGCAGUCCACUUCUCCUCCCAAGGCCUUAGAAGAGCCUGAUGAUUUGAGGCCUGAGGCACACUUGGAGCAAGAACGAGUUGCUGUCCCUGCCAGUGCUUAUCCUGUAGAACACAACCAGUUGGACUCUCAUCCAAAGACAGAAUUUUUCAGAGAAUCAGGAGAGGUAGAGAUACAGAAGUUCCCAAGCAGGCCUUUGGAAGAUGUACAACCUCUCCAAACUGACACAGCUAACACAGCAGUUAAUUUUGAAGGAGUGAGUGAGAAGGUUACACGUAGUUCUCCAGAAGAAUUGGUCCCUGUGGGGGAAAGUCACUCUUCAUUAAAGAGAAGCAUUUCCCAUGGUUCAAGUCACUCUCUAAAAUCAGAAGACCAGAGGAGUGACACAGCAGCAAAUAUCCCUAAAUUAAGUAACAGACCUAUUGAGACAAAGGAGACGAUUGAGAGACUUGAGAUUAAACCGAAAAAAGAAAUUUUGAUCACUAAUAGAACAUCAGAAGGACCAAAACCUGAGAAAACUUUCAAACCUAAGUCUGAAACAAGAUGGGGUCCUAGGCCAGGUUAUGGCAGGCGAGACGAAGGUGGCGACAGACCAGUGAGAAGAUCGGGUCCUAUUAAGAAACCUGUGCUUAGGGAUAUGAAGGAAGAGCGUGAACAGAGAGAAGAGCGCGAGCAGAGAAAGGAGAAGGAAGGAGAAAAGACAGCUACUGAAAAACCAGGCAAGCCUGAAAAAAGUGACAAAAAGGAAUCACCUCAAGUGCCGCAGUCUCAGGCUGAGCCCGAGAGAUCCACCUCCAGCAGCGCUCCUCUGGCUAAGAAGAUAACCCAGGAUGCUGCCCCAGCACCAGCAAGCCAGGAGACCAGUCAGCCCGAGGCAGCAGCUAAAGCUGUGGUGCAGCCCCCCGCCCCUGCAGUCCAGCAGCAGCUCCCAACUGCCCAGCCAGCCACUGCCCAGCUGCCCCCGGCCAUCCCACAGCCCCCGGCCGCCCUGCCGGCCGCUCAGCCCCCGCCCCACACACAGCCCCCUGCUCCUGCCAGCAAGGAGGACAAACAGCCUGAGAAGGUGGUGAGCAAGGAGGUGGUGGAGAAACCACGCCUAGAAACCAGGCCAGUGAAAAGAGAGCCUGGCUUACCACCUAGGACAUACUGGAAGGAGGCCAGGGACAGGGACUGGUUCCCAGAUCAGGGAUACAGAGGCAGAGGUCGUGGCGAGUAUUAUUCUAGGGGCCGUAGCUACAGGGGUUCUUAUGGAGGACGUGGUCGGGGCAGUAGAGGCCAUAAUAGAGAGUACCCACACUACAGAGAUCCUAAGCCUAGAUCAGAGCAUGUGCCUUCAGGGCCUGUUAGGCAAAGAGAAGAGAGUGAAACUCGUAGUGAGAGUUCUGACUUUGAAGUAAUCCCGAAACGGCGGCGCCGGCAUGGCUCGGAGACAGAUUCUGACAGCGAAGUGCACGAGAGCGCGAGUGACACCCUGCUCUCAGACAAAGACAGCAUCAUCAAGGGCAAGCACCCGAAAAGAGAAGAAAGAGCUGAUGGCAAGAAGCCUCCAAAGCCCUUGUCGUUCAAACCUGAGAGCAAUAUCAGAGUAGACAACAGAUCCCUAGAAAAGACAUACAUCAGAGAUUAUGAGAACAAGCCCAAACCAGGAUUUCUUCCUAAAGGAGAGCCUUCUAGACGAGGCAGAGGGGGAAUGUACAGGCGUGGUGGCAGGGAUCCCGGGGGACGUCCUCCACGUCCAUCCACAAUAAGGAGACCAGCCUACAGGGACAAUCAGUGGAACCCCAGGCAAACAGAGAUCGUUAAACCAGAAGAUGGAGAGCCUCCAAGAAGAAAUGAGCACUAUGGUCCCAUACCAAUUGAUAAAAGACCUCCGAAAUUUGAGAGGAAGUUUGAUCCAAACAGAGAGAGGCCACGAAGACAGAGGCCUGCCCGGCCUCCAAGGCAGGAUAAACCACCACGCUUCAGGCGCCUAAAAGAGAGAGAGGCCGCAUCGAAGAUCAGUGAGGUGGUGACCAGCUCCACGACGAGUGCCACAGUUAAUAAUGCAGUUAAUGAGCCCUCCAACCCUGCUCUGGAUGUGUCAGGAAGUAAGACACCAGACUUGUCCAACCAGAAUUCUUCAGACCAGGCAAACGAGGAGUGGGAAACAGCCUCGGAAAGCAGCGACUUCAAUGAGAGACGGGAAAGGGAUGAGAAGAAAACAGCAGAUGCAGCAGCACAGGUUGCUGCAAAGGCAGGAGAAAACGCUGGAGCUCCAAAAAGGGAAAUAGCCAAGAGAAGCUUCUCUAGUCAGAGGCCUGGAAUAGACCGUCAGAACCGACGUGGCAACAACGGGCCAGCUAAGCCAGGGAGGAAUUUCUCAGGGCCCCGGAGUGAAAGGCGGAGUGGCCCUCCUCCCAGAAGUGGAAAAAGAGGGCCAUUUGAAGAGCAGGCAGCACCUGUGCCUGGUGUUGAUCCCGCCAAUGGCAACUCUGUACAUCAGGAGGAUGGAGGUGUCACUGCUGCAGGACAGAAGACCACCAAGGAUGCAAGUGGCAAAAAGAGAGAAGAACCAAAGGCUGGUCCAAAGAAGCCUAAGGAAAAAGUGGAUGCCUUGUCUCAAUUUGAUCUUAAUAAUUAUGCAAGUGUUGUGAUCAUUGAUGAUCACCCUGAAGUGACAGUAGUUGAAGACUCCCAAUCUAACUUGAAUGAUGAUGGUUUCACAGAAGUGGUGUCUAAGAAGCAGCAAAAACGCUUGCAAGAUGAAGAGCGCAGAAAGAAGGAAGAACAAACAGUGCAGGUUUGGACCAAAAAAGGAUCAAGCGAAAAAAGCCGAGGUCAGAAUUCCAAGCUGCCCCCCAGAUUUGCCAAAAAGCAGCAGCAGGCAGCAGCUGCAGCUGCUCAGCAGGCACAGGCUCAGGCUCAAGCUCAGGCUCAGCCUCCCUGCCCAGCCCAGUCUCCAGCCCAGCCCCAGGCUCCUGUUCCAGCACAAAGCCAGGCUGCAGGAGGGACAGCCAGCACAGACUACACCGUGUCAGGCAAAGUCCUGCAGAACAGCCAGCCUCACAACGGCCUGGGAGCUGAAUUAUGGGACAACAAAGUGCCUCCUACAGCAGUUCUGAAUGACAUCUCCAAAAAAUUGGGACCCAUUAGCCCACCUCAGCCACCUUCAGUCAGUGCCUGGAACAAGCCUCUGACAUCUUUUGGUUCAGCUCCAUCUCCAGAGGGGACAAAGCCUGGACAAGAAGGUGGAGUCGAUCUUGGUAUAGAAACCAUUCAGUUUGGAGCCCCAGCUUCCAGUGGCAGUGACAAUGAAGUUGGUCCUGUGCUGUCUGAGAAGUCCACUGACAAAUUACCAGAACCCAAAGAGCAGAGACAGAAACAGCCUCGGGCUGGACCCAUCAAAGCACAAAAGCUUCCAGACUUGAGCCCGGUAGAAAACAAAGAGUAUAAACCUGGUCCUAUUGGGAAAGAGCGUUCUUUAAAGAACAGGAAGGUGAAGGAUGCCCAGCAGGGAGAGCCUGAGGGACAGGAGAAGCCAUCUCCCACCUCUGUGAGAAGCCCAGAACCUGUCACUACAAAGGAGACCAAAGCAGCGAGCGAGCUGAGCACGGAGAUAGGAACGAUGAUAUCCGUGUCUGCUCCAGAGUUUGGGACAAACACAAAGGAGUCUGUAACAGACUACACUACACCUUCUUCUCAUCCUAACACAGUGGCUACUAGCAGUACAAAAAUGGAGGAGACUUUGGUGACGAACGUGCCCCUGCCCCACACCCUUCCCCUCCCUAGGAGGGAGACUUUACAACAGAGCUCCAGCCUAACUCCAGUUUCUCCCGCUACCGUCGACCUCACCCUCAAGAUGGAGUCUGCACGCAAAGCAUGGGAGAAUUCCCCAAACAUGGGGGAGAAGAGUUCACCAGUGACCUCAGCGGCAUCUCCCAUUGCUGGUGGCAGCAGCAGCAGCAGCAGCAACACUGGGCCAAGCAGUGGCACUUACAGCUCUUUCUCAAGUGCAUCAAUGCCUCCUAUUCCUGUGGCCUCAGUUACCCCCACAACGUCCCUCUCAGGAGCUGGAACAUACACGACCUCUUCACUGAGUACGAAGACUGCAAGCACCUCAGACCCUCCUAAUAUCUGCAAAGUGAAACCCCAGCAGCUGCAGACAAGCAGCCUGGCUUCUGCCAGCCACUUCUCCCAGCUGAGCUGCAUGCCAUCCCUCAUUGCCCAGCAGCAGCAAAGUCCCCAGGUCUAUGUGUCUCAGUCUGCAGCAGCUCAAAUCCCAGCAUUUUACAUGGAUACAAGUCACCUGUUCAAUACCCAGCACGCACGUUUGGCACCACCUUCUCUGGCCCAACAACAAGGCUUUCAGCCAGGGCUUUCUCAGCCUGCUUCAGUUCAGCAGAUCCCCAUCCCCAUCUAUGCACCUCUGCAAGGACAGCAUCAAGCUCAGCUGAGUUUAGGAGCAGCACCAGCUGUUUCACAAGCCCAAGAGUUGUUCAAUUCCUCCUUACAACCUUACAGAUCCCAGCAAGCUUUCAUGCAGAGUGGUUUGUCUCAGCCAUCACCAGUGGUUCUGUCUGGCACAGCCUUACACAACUUCCCAGCAGUGCAGCACCAGGAGCUGGCUAAGGCACAGUCCAGCCUGGCGUUCCAGCAGACCUCCAAUACUCAGCCUAUUCCUAUCCUGUACGAGCAUCAGCUUGGGCAGGCUUCAGGACUGGGAGGCUCUCAGCUGAUUGAUACACACAUCCUGCAGGCCAGAGCCACCCUCACUCAGGCUUCAAAUCUCUACUCUGGGCAAGUUCAGCAGCCUGGCCAGAGCAAUUUCUACAACACUGCACAGUCUCCCAGUGCUCUCCAGCAGGUGACAGUACCUUUGCCAGGAUCACAGAUUUCCCUGCCCAACUUUGGAUCCACAGCACAGCCACUGAUAGCCCUGCCCCAGUCCUUGCAGCCACCACUACAGCACACCCCACCACAAGCUCAGGCUCAGAACCUGAGCAGACCUGCCCAAGUGACCCAGCCCUUCAGAGGAUUGAUCCCAGCAGGAACUCAGCACAGCAUGAUUGCUGCAACUGGGAAGAUAUCAGAAAUGGACCUGAAGGCCUUUGGAGGUGGCAUUGAUGUUAAACCUGGAACACCACCAGUUACUGGCAGGAGUACUACCCCAACCUCCAGUCCCUUCCGGGCCAGUUCUACAAGUCCUAACAAUCAGUCCAAUAAAAUGAACAGCAUUGUCUACCAGAAGCAGUUCCAGUCAGCAGCUGCAGCUGUGAGAAUGACACAGCCCUUUCCUGCACAAUUUGCACCACAGAUCCUCUCUCAGCCUAACCUGCUCCCUCCAUUGGUAAGAGCCCCAUUUACUAACACCUUCCCAGCGCCUGUUCAGAGGCUGCCGGUAGUUCUGCAUAGUCAGAUGCCGUCUCAGAUGACCACAGGCCUUAUGAGCCACCCUCAGUUACCACGUGUGGCCAGAGGUCCUUGUGGAUCAGUACCUGGAGCCAGAGGCACUCAGGCCCAGGCUGCGCUGAAGGCUGAACGAGAUGUGAAGGCAAAGCAAAGAGCAGAGGUCCUUCAGUCCACCCAGAGAUUCUUUUCUGAGCAGCAGCAGCAGCAGAACAAACCCAUAGGAGGCAAAGCCCCCAAAGUGGAGGAGAACGGGAGCAAACCCAGCGAGGCAAUUGCUGACUCUCCAGGAGUCUGCCAGGACAAAGCUGAGGAAAAGGCCAGCCCUGCGCCUGCUGCCACACCGAAACCUGUUAGAACUGGACCAAUCAAACCUCAGGCAAUCAAAACCGAGGAAACAAAAUCUUAGAGGCUGUGUUCCCGUGGAGGGGGGAGAGGGGAGGGUGGGCGAGGUGUCAGCAGCGUCAAUUGGUGGCCCGAAGGAUGAAGAGCAGCCUGCUCUCCCUGCCGGGCUCUGAGCAGCCCCACGGGGCGUAGAAGCCAGCAGCAGUCGUGGUGCCAGCUGCAGUCGUGGUGCCAGCUGCAGUCGUGGUGCCAGCUGCUGUGUGUCCAGCUGAGCCCCGGGCUCUCGGGGCUCACAUCUGCUCUAACAGCAUGAAGGCUGCUUUGGGGUGUGCGUGUCCCACACGUGCGUGCCCCGUUUGGCUCGCACCCGCCUGCUUCCCAAAGCCACAGCACGGAGAAGUAGCAACGGUGGGGAGGCAUUUCCUAGCUGACACGAUGACUUCCUAUUUUCUUCAGGCUCUGAUCUUCAGCUGCUGUUUAUCUUUUUAUAAACCCGUGAGUAUGAGAACAUGCAGAUCUGAAGAUGGUGCUGGGCCAAGUAAUGUGUGUUAAGUUUUUAGUGACUUAAGAAGCUUCUAUCUUGUAUAAACAGAGGGAUCCACGUAUUUCCCACGCAGGGCUUAACCUAGCGCAGAGAGUAACACUGGCAGUGUUGGAUUUCCCUCUGAAGGCAGUGCUUUGCUGGCUGCUGCUGCUUGGAUGACAAUUUACUGCAUUUAGAUCACCAUAUGAAAAAGCUACUUGGCCACCUAUGUCCUCUCCACCCGCUGCCCCCUCAGUGGCUCUCACCCCUGGAGUUGAAGGUUCGUUGCAUCAAUAGUCAGAUUUGUUCUGUUCACCCCUGUCCAGCUGUCUUGAUAUGAUGCGAGUGGUCCCUAAACGGUUUCCAGUUUCUGUAACACAGCAACGAGCACUUAAACUGUGCCACAAGAAUAAAAGAAACCUUAUCAGAUUAACGAGAGUUUUAUCUCAAAGGUGCAUUCUUUAUAUCAGAGCUGCGUCGCACCACCUCCUUGCCCACAGUGUGCUGGAAAGUAGAAUCAAGUCAAAUAAAUGCCUUUUUAAUUGUAUCCUCUAGUAUUCUAGCUGUAGGACAGUACUGUAUGAUACUUCUGUGAAUGUAAGAUAUCCUGUACCUGCUUAUGAUAUGUAGUAGUGACUGUGCUAUACUGGAGCUGUUUUUAAUAAUGUUAUUCUAGAGGUUUUUUUCCAGACAAUGAUUGAAAAAGCUAAUAAAAAGCACCAGGUACCACAUCAGUAGCAGAAUUUGCUGGUUUUUUUCUGGGAUUUUUUUCUUUUUUUUUUUUUUACGUUUUUUGGAAGGCAGAGUUGAAAGUCUAAUGUGUAUAAUUUUGUUCAAAUGACUGCAGAAGCUGGAAAGGCUGUUGCUGCUAUUGAUGCCUAGUGAAUCGCUAUUGGUUAUCUUUUUAUAUAAAUAUAUAUAUAAUUUGAAUUUUUGGAAACUAGCUGUGAUGUCAACUUUGGAAAAAAGUAUCCCACUUGUAGUGUGAGUUGGCAUUGUACAGAAAUUAACAGCCAUAUUGGUCUAGAAAUGUUAAACUUAAUUUUUUUUCCAUUUGUACAGGGGUAACGCACUGUAUGAAAUAUGUACGGUCUUAUUUACAUGGGUUUGAUUACAGAAACUAAUAAAGUAUUCUCUAAAUAAA